AUGCUAACCCUACUAAAUAAAGAAGCCCCCGAUAUGGUACUCAUCUCAGAAACAAAACUAAACAAAAGACACAAGAUAAUAAGUUUCAGAACCUUAGAAACAACGAUCAUAAAAAUAAAAAUAAGCAAUAAGGAAAAUUUAUUCAUCACUGCAGCCUACGCAACCUACGGAAACCAGAAAGAAUUUAACUACGAAUUCAAUAAUCUUUUCGAACUCUUGCAGCUCAACAAACCGGAAAACUACUAUAUAAUAGCAGGAGACCUUAACGCGAAACAUACAAGCUGGAAAAACGAAAUAAACAACACGAGAGGCAACUUCAUUAGAAACUGGCUAGACAAUAAAAGCAUCCACUACAAAACAAACUUAUACAGCUCCGAGCUACCCUCUUACCCAAAAGGAGGCUCAUACCUGGACAUAUGCCUAGCAGAUGCGCGACUAAAAUUCCAAAACCUGCGUCCAAACAAUACCCUAAAAACCUUAGCCUAUGACAGUGACCAUAACGCCCUAGUAUUUCAAAUUAACAAAAACACAUCUGACUUCCUAACACUCGAAACCCAGACCGAGACACCCAGGUACAACUACAAAAAGACAGACUGGAAAAAGUUCCAAAACACACUCGAACAAAACUGCGACCUAAAGAUCUACAACAACGUCAACCUAACAAACAGACAAAUCGACUCGUUCUUAGACGAAAUAGAAAAACACACACAAAUCGCUCUCCAAAAAUCCGUGCCAAUCAUAAAACAAAAAAAUUCAUGCGAGCCCUAUAUAAACAAUAAAAUAAAAGAUCUACAGCGAGAUAAAAGCUACAUACUCUCCAAAAUAAACAAUAUAAAAUUUAACUAUUCUUACGACAAAAGAGAAGAAUUAGAAUUCCUAAAGUUCCUACUACACAGAAUAAAAGCGCAACUGAAACAAGAAUUCGCAAUUUCUAUAAACCAUUACUGGACAAACAAAAUAAAAAACAUCUCCAAAAACGACUCAGCCAACAUGUUCCCACAAAUAAAUCAAAUCUUUAGACCAAAAGAACAAAACCCCAUCCCACCUCUCAAACUGCCCCCAGAAAAUGCCUCCCUCAUCCAAGAAGCAGGUAUAACGAUACACAACACCAUCAAAGACGCCGAGGGUAACUUCAUAAUACCUAAAACAAUAGAAAAACUAGACAUCAUCGGCACCCACUUUUCCAAAAUACAUACGCAAAACGAACACAUGGGCCGAGAACAACUAAACAGAAUUAUCAUCGCCGAAACAAACAAACUCAAAAAUGAAAUGGAACAAGACAAAACGCUAAACAAAACAGUCUGCACAUUUGAGGUCUUCAAAAAAAGCAUGUUCAAAGCCCUAAAUGAACAACAAACACAAUUAAACGAACUAAAACAAUCAUUAAAAACGCAGGAAGAAUGGAUUGACUCUUGCCCAAAAGGAGUCUCAUACCUAGACAUAUGCUUUGGAGACACACAAUUACAAUUCCUUUGUCAAUUACAAUUCCUCCAAUUUAUGGGCAACUAA